UCAGCAACCUCACGAUACUACCUCCACCAUCAUUCUCCUUCCAAUUCCUCCCUCACUAUUCGUCAUUUGAAGCUGCAGGUCCACGGGAUUAUUCCGGUCUAGAGACUUGAGGAGGUGCAUAGCUUUCCUCAAGUCACACUUGCAACAUGCCUCGGUGGAAGCGCAGCAAGCCGCGCUCCGAUAAAGACCUGGGAGCCAGCAACGGUGGUUCUGGAGCGCCAUCCGAUAGCCCUAUUGCUCGCUCUACAGCCAUCGCCUCUCUCCGUGCUGUCAGCGGCAGCUCUCCGGACUCAAUGAGAGGUGCGGCACAACCAAAAGUGCCAGAUCCUGAGGCGAUCCGCAAGCUAGCCAGACAGCACGCCGAGUUCGGGCCCCUCGGCGAUCCGUCGCAUCUUUACACCAGCGAGCACCCUGGGGGAGAGAUCCCCGAUCCUGUCAUUGAUGAACCCCCGUACUUCUUUGUCCUGACGACCUACGUCAGCUUUCUCGUUCUCAUCUUCCUCGGCCAUUUUCACGAUUUCUGGGCUCAGUGGUUCUCGUCCCAUUCCUAUCGGCAUCUGAAGCCCCAGAAUGGGUACGCCUCUCUAUACAGUGACUUCGAGAGCUUCUACACGCGUCGAUUGAAGCAGCGCAUCAACGACUGCUUUGAGCGGCCGAUCACCGGCGUCCCCGGCCGACAUGUUACCCUCCUCGACCGGAUCACCGAAGACAACCUGCAUUUCAGCUUCACGGGCACGACAACCGACACCCUGAAUCUCAGCUCCUACAACUACCUCGGAUUUGCCCAAUCAGAGGGGCCCUGCACCGAUUUCGCAGAGGAGACUCUCCGGCGGGAAGGUAUCUCUCUUGCGGGCACCCCUGACGCAGGAAUUACCAAGUUGCAUGUUGAGGUCGAGGAUCAGAUCGCUCGGUUCGUGGGCAAGGAGUCCGCCAUGGUUUUCUCUAUGGGGUUCGUGACCAACGCUACGAUCUUCCCGGCCAUCAUGGAAAAGGGCUGUUUGAUUCUGUCCGAUGAGCUCAACCAUGCAUCCAUCCGGUUCGGCGCCCGUCUCUCGGGGGCAGCUAUCCAGGUCUUUGCGCAUAACAACAUGGCGGACCUUGAGAAGCGCUUAAGGGAGGCGAUCUCACAAGGCCAGCCGCGCACCCACCGGCCUUGGAAGAAGAUCCUGGUCACCGUUGAGGGUCUGUUCUCGAUGGAGGGCACCAUGUGCAACCUUCCUCGGAUCCUUGAGCUGAAGAAGAAGUACAAGUUCCACUUGUUUGUUGACGAGGCCCACUCAAUUGGCGCGGUUGGGCGCCAUGGACGCGGGGUCUGUGACUAUUUUAGGGUUGACCCUGCAGAGGUCGAGAUCCUUAUGGGCACUUUUACCAAGUCUUUUGGAGCCAAUGGGGGUUAUAUCGCCGCCGAUGAGGCGAUCAUUGACAAAGUGCGCUGCCUCAAUGCUGGUCAAGUCUUUGGCGAAGCUCCGUCCCUGCCUGUUCUCGCGCAGAUCUAUUCCUCGCUGCGACUUAUCGCUGAUGAAGACCCCCUCCACCCGGGUGAAGGACGGGAGCGCAUGCAGCGUCUAGCGUUCAAUUCACGUUAUCUACGCCUCGGACUGAAGCGACUUGGGUUCAUUGUUUACGGGCACGAUGAUUCGCCCAUUGUCCCCUUGAUGCUGUACAACCCCGCCAAAAUGCCUGCGUUCUCCCGGGAAAUGCUGCGUCGGAAGAUCUCCGUUGUCGUUGUGACCUACCCUGCUACGCCCCUGGAGCUCUCCCGUGCCCGCCUGUGCGUGUCGGCUGCGCACACCAAGGACGACCUCGACCGCAUACUGCAGGUGUGCGACGAGAUUGGGGAUGCACUCGAGCUCAAGUUUUCUUCCGGGGUCGCAGGGGGCCUGAAAGAGCCCCUCUCCUCUGAAGAGAACCCCAAUGGAGGCCACAAGGCCAUCGAGCCCCCGCGCUGGACUCUCGAGGAAGUCAUUGCGAGGGGCACGCGCGACGCAAAGCUGCCUUUCUACUAAGAAUAGCAGUCGGCACAAAUCUCGUUCUGUAUGAUGUGAUGUGAUGGAAGAUAGCACGUCUUGGUGCUUUUUGUAUAAUGCCGCAUGACCUCCUUUUUUGGCUACAUCGAUAUACGCUUAGACACAUACAGCCAUUGCCUGCGAUCUGUCCCUUCGUUUUUGGUGCCAUUACUUUGGCGCUACGCUACGGACUCCGAUCCCCGUCCGA